CUGGAAGAUUGGCCACGAGCAUCAGGCGCGCACACGGUCCAGACGGCGCCCACGACUCUCCAUCAUCAUUCAAUUCAUCCAUCGCCCAUGUUCCUCAAACACGCCCCUGCGUCAAAUCUCGUCCUCGCCCUCCGGCUGCCAGAGAUCUGAUCUCACUCUACCGUACCACCAUCCGCCUCUUUUUUUUUCUUUUUGCUUCUUGCAUCCCACCACCACCUCCACCACCUCCUCCAUCAUCCCACCUUGUAAUUGCCUCUCCCUCCGCUUCUCCCCUCCCGUUCCCGCGCACACCCUUCCCCACCUAGACACACACGCACGCACACAAUCUCUCUCUCUGUCUCUCUCUCGCGCGCUCGCUUCGUUACACGUCUCUCUCGGUCUGAUUGCUUUGAUUUCAAUCCCGCAAGCUCAUACACGUCGUCCAGGACAUGAUAAGGUUCCGCGUCCAGCACCGACUCCUUAGCCUUCGUCCACGCCUGACAAGCCGCUGCUAGGAGCUCUGUUUUCUCUUGUACUUGCAACGUUCGGGGCUAUGGUCCGAUUAAUUUAACUGUUGAUAUUGUUGUGGUUGCUGCUCCGAGCUCACACUCAUCGAGAUCGCUCACACGACCCCUCCGCGCCCGCCAGACAGGUCGCUUUUUUGGCCACACGUACACUCACCUUUUGCUUAUACCUCAAACUCCAUACGCCCGUACAGCUCUGGUGCCGCCUCAUCUCAGACAGAAAUGCGCCGCUACAGCAGGCCUGGUGCCGGCGGCACAAUGCACGCCCACAAGACGAACGGCGCUGCGAUACCUGAUCCCAUCUCCUUGAUCCGGUCCUACGACUCCGAAACCAUCCUCUCGCGCCCGGUUCGCCCGUCUCCUCUCUCGGCCUCCAACAUUCAAGGCCUUCCGCUCGAUCUGAUCGAGAGGCUACGCUCAUUUCCUCUUUUCCAGUCGGCGCCAGACUCCUUUCUCGCUGAGAUCGGAUCGCACCUGCGACCCCAGCUAUAUUCCGCUCACGACUACAUCCUUACAGAAGGCGACGAGGCAAAAGCCAUGUACUGGCUCGUGAGAGGCUCCUUGCGCGUAACCUCCAGAGAUGGCGAGAGUACGUACGCCGAGCUGAAGCCCGGCGCUUUCUUUGGCGAGAUCGGUAUUCUCAUGGACAUACCGCGCACCGCCACCAUCAUAGCGAAGCUAAAGUCCCUGGUCGUUCGCCUUAACAAGGAGGACCUGCAAAAAGUGCUUCCCAACUACCCGGACGUCGAGCGCGCCAUCCGAGACGAGGCGCAAGAACGACUGACGAUUCUCGAGAGGAAGAAAAAGGAGAGCGGCCAGACAAUGUCGACAAGGCCGACAAAGUCGAGCAAACGGCCGCGAUCGGAUGGAGACGUCAUCAUGGGAGAAGCAGGCAUAUUGAGAGAUGGCCAGAUCAUCAGCUCCAAAAAGCGCAAGUCUCCAAGCCCGAGUUUGGCCGACACGGUGCAGACGAGCGGCAUGGGCAGUGGCUCCUUCAACGUGCGACACCUGCUGAAGGAGCUCCCGCUGUUUGCCUCGUUGCCCCCAGAAAUCCUUCACUUUAUCGGCAUGAAUGCGCAACCAAGGACUUUCCCUCCAUUCACAGACAUCAUCAAACAAGGCUCGACCGGUCGAGACGUCUUCUUCAUCGUGCGAGGCGAGGUCGAGGUCAUCAACGACAUGCCCAUCAAGCUCAACGGAAACCUGAGUUCCGGCGACAAAUCUCGCGUUGGCUCCAUCGUCAAGGCUCGGCUUAAAGCUGGUCAGUACUUUGGCGAGGUCGUCAGUUUGUCUCUGGCAAAGCGCCGGACCGCAACGGUCCGUUCCGUCUCGUCCGUCGAAUGUCUCAUGAUCAGCGGUAGCGUUCUCGACGAACUUUGGGACAAAUGCGGGCCGGAGCUACGUCGACAGGUUGAGAGGACCGCCAGGGACAGGCUUGAAACCGCGCGACAGGGUGUGGACGGCGACGUGUUCAUGUCGGACGCGGACAACACACCCGCUCUGUCUCGGCUUGAUCUCGACGACAGAUCGCCCAAGUCCCCUGGCGAGAAGGUCCCCAAGGUUACCUUUGCCUCAACCGACAACAAGCUUGACCGUAUCGAGGAGGUGCCGGCCGUCGAAUCUGUGGACCCCGAUCCGUAUCUCAACGUGGAUCUGGAAAACGUUAGGUCACGGUCGCGUCGAGGUUCGCUCGCACCCCCAUCGCCAUCGAAUGGUUCCCCUCCAACAGAGUCUCCUGGAACGACCACGCCUCGGUCGCCCCACAGGUCGAACAGCAUCAGCAGAUCCUCCUGGCCCACGUCUUUAAAGUCCGAGCCAGCGUCUCCGAUCCGCAGACUGUUUGCCCCGAAACGCAACAAACUGGCCAGGCUGCGCAGCCAAGACACUGUUGGUAUUUUCCCUGAAAAAGUUCUGAUUAAUAUUUUCGAACAUCUCGACAUAUACGAAUUAAUGAAGCUACGAGCGGUCUCACAUUACUGGAAGAAUCUUCUCACGAACAAUCCCAAUGUCCUUCGUAAUCUGGAUCUACGACCUUAUAAUCGCUACGUGACGGACGAGGUUCUGAUCAGCAUCAUCUGCCCGUUUGUGGGAGCGCGGCCGCAGCAUGUUGACAUCAGCAACUGUUUUCAUGUGACGGACGAGGGAUUCGCGACUCUGGCAUCCACGUGCGCUGCGAACAUCAAAAGUUGGAAGAUGAAAAGUGUUUGGGAUAUUACCGGCCAGGCUGUUCUUGACAUGGUGAACGAGGCAAAGAAUUUGGAGGAGAUCGAUCUUAGCAACUGCCGCAAGGUUGGCGAUAACCUGCUUGCAAGAGUGAUUGGGUGGGUUGUGCCAGAGAUUCUCCCCAGCGUAGGUCCCCAGAAUCAGCAGCAACUGAGCAAUCGCAAGAUGGGACAGAAGAACAUGACGGGAAAUCAGCCUCAGAAUCAGCCGGCUCCGGGCACGGUCAUCGGCUGUCCACGACUGAAGCGCUUGACGCUUUCUUACUGCAAGCAUAUCACCGACCGCUCUAUGGCACAUAUCGCUGUUCACGCAUCCUCGCGGUUGGAAGAAAUGGACCUCACUCGGUGCACAACGAUUACAGACGGUGGUUUCCAGCACUGGAGCAUCUAUCCGUUUCCACGCCUUCGGAAACUGGUUCUCGCAGACUGCACAUAUCUGACCGAUCACGCUAUUGUAUGUCUGGCCAAUGCAGCAAAAGCUCUCAAGGAGUUGGACCUCUCCUUUUGCUGCGCACUCUCUGACACCGCUACCGAGGUUAUCGCCCUUGGUUGUCCAAACCUGACCCAUCUCAACAUGGCUUUCUGCGGCUCGGCUGUGUCUGACGGAUCACUCCGCUCAAUCGGCCUUCAUCUCCUUGAACUUCGGGCCCUUUGUGUUCGGGGCUGUGUCCGUGUUACUGGGAUGGGCGUCGAGGCAGUCGUGGACGGUUGCAGCAAGUUAGAGCACUUCGACGUCUCACAAUGCCGGAACCUGCAACAGUGGGUUGAAGAAGGCGGAGUGCAGCGCGUCAAUAACCAAAUUGCUCUCGGCAUCGCGCCUGGUACGGCGGGACGAAGAGAUGUCCCGAUCAAGUUUGAUGUGGUGGCAGAUGGAUCAUGGAGAAGCGGUCGCUGAGGUUUUUUUUUUUUUCUUUUUUUUUUUUUUAAAAAAAAAAAACCCACCGUCACACGGACUGUAUACACGCCUGUCGCUACGAGCCUACAGCUGAGAUGAUGACUUAAUGACUUAAUGAGGGAGUUUGCCAUGAGUGCAAACCACCGCACAGCUGACUUGUAACUUUCCUUUGUCAAAAAAAAUUUUUGCAUAUGGAGCUAACGGAUGUCUUGAUGAUACCACACGGGUUAGAUGAUGCUCGACUCAAUUGGAGUCCGUCAAUGUGAAAAUUUUUUGUUUCUCUUGUACUUUGGCUGGCUCCACAGUUGUAAAAUCACUUUGACGGUCGUGAUGCGCAGAAACUCAAACGAGGUGUUUGGAUAAUGGGAGGCACGCACUAGCCAAAGAACGGCGCGAAAGCUAGCAAAUCACGAUUAUCUUCAAUUCAUCUCUA